AUGGCCGUAAACAUUAUUUUUCUCGUUUGCCUCUUUUCCUUUGCCGUUGUUUCUUCUGCUGGUGUCUUCCACCAUGGAAAUGCCCAUGUUUCCGUCUCUAAAUCGUCUCCGAUCCGGCAUGCAUGUCAAGCCACUCGCUUCCCGCAACUCUGUGAAACAUCUCUGGUUCUCCCUCCCAAUCCAAAUCCAACCACCAUCCAGAUGAUCCAAUCUGCCAUUUCCGUCUCCAAGGACCACCUUAAGAAAGCACAAUCCAUGGUGGCAGACGUCAGCGACAGCGUCACCGCCGAUGUUAACCACACCUCCGUCGUCCUUUUCUGCGUGGAGAUGCUUUCUUUCUCGGAGUACCGCAUGGAAUUAGUCCGCGACGCGUUGACAAAAGGGAAGAUAAAAGAUGCACGUGCAUGGAUGAGUGCGGUCCAUGGCUAUCAAAAAAGCAGUUGGGGCGCGCUCAAGCGCAUCAACGACGCCAUGCCCAUCGCCCAUGUGAUGUCGUCUCUGGACACUUUGGAGCAGAUCAGCAGCAAUGCUUUGAGCAUGAUGGUGGCCUAUGAUAAUCACGGGGAGAACACCGCCUCGUGGACCCCUCCCAAAACGGAACGAGACGGGUUUUACGAGGGCCGACCGGGUCGGAAACCGGAGUUGAGAUUUAAAGGAGGGGUUCCAACGAAUUUGAAGGUGGACGUAACAGUGUGUAAAGAUCAUAUAGAGUGUACUUACAAGACGGUGCAAGAGGCCGUAAACGCCGCGCCGGUAAACUCAGCGCGUCGCUUCGUGAUUAGAAUAAGGAGCGGUGUGUACCGUGAAAUAGUGAGGGUUGCGAUUGAGAAGAAGAAUGUGAUGUUUUGGGGGGAAGGGAUGGGUAAAACCAUUAUUACAGGUUCUUUAAAUGUGCACCAACCUGGGAUCCAUACCUUUAAUUCUCCUACUGUGGGUGUUCUUGGAGAUGGUUUUAUGGCGAGAGACCUCACGAUCGAGAACACGGCAGGCUCCGACGGCCACCAAGCAGUGGCAUUCAGAUCAGACAGUGACAUGUCAGUGAUCGAGAACUGCGAAUUCAUCGGCAAUCAAGACACCCUGUGCUCUAAUUCACUCCGCCAAUUCUACAAAAACUGUCGUAUCCAAGGCAACGUGGACUUCAUCUUCGGAACAUCGGCUUCUGUGUUUCAGGAUUGCCUACUUUUGAUCGCUCCUCGAACAUCAAAUCCCGAAAAAGGAGACAACAAUGUCAUCACGGCUCAUGGCAGAACCGACCCAGCUGAAUCAACCGGUUUCGUCUUCCACAAUUGCAUUAUCAAUGGAACGGAAGAGUACAUGAGACACUACAAUAAGAAUCUUCAAGUGCACAAUAACUAUUUGGGAAGGCCAUGGAAGGAAUACUCGAGGACGGUUUUCAUAGAUUGUAGUAUCGAAAAGCUUGUAAGUCCAGAAGGAUGGACGCCAUGGAGUGGCGACAUUGGAUUGAAGACUCUUUUCUAUGGAGAAUUUGGGAACACCGGAAGAGGAUCCGAUGUUUCCAAGAGGGUUCCAUGGAGUACCCAAAUUCCACCACAGUUUGUACAUACCUAUUCAGUUGAGAAUUUCAUUCAAGGAGAUGAAUGGAUUCCCAAAUGAUUACAGAUGUCAAAGUAUAAACAUAACUGUCGGAUAAAACAAUACUAAAUAUGUUAAGUUAUACUACAAAACAGAAAAAUGUUGAUUUAUA